AUGGGAGCAUCUACUGUUAAUGAGAUAUCUCCAGCAACUUUUUUGGCCAGGGAUGUUGACUCCAGGGCAACCUCUACAGCCCCUCCAGAUCUGCUCAUUUUGAAUCAGCCAAUCGCACACUUCGAUGUCUUUGCGCGACUCUGGAGUCACACAGGGUAUCGAGUGUGCGCUGAUGGUGGUGCGAAUCGCCUGUUUGAUAUGUUUGUAGACGAUCUAGUCGUGCAAAGAGAACGAUAUUUACCGGACCUCAUACAUGGUGAUCUUGAUUCAUUACGCGACGAUGUACGUGCCUACUAUGCUUCGCAUGGCGUAGACGUGUCGCAGGAUCACGAUCAAUACAGUACCGACUUCGGCAAGACCAUGCAAAAGUUAUCUUCGAGAAGUCCUUCAGCGUCGCAAAGAGACGUGCUCGUCCUAGGAACUCUAGCAGGUAGAGUGGAUCAAGGUCUAGGUCUCCUGCAUGAGAUGAUAAGAGAAGAGACUAAGCAUCAGGACCUCAAAAUUUGGCUUUUCUCGGAAUCAAGUUUAUCCUUCAUUCUUGGGGGGCAACACAACGUUAUCCGAGGAUUGCAGUCAAGUAAAUCAUUCACGGAGAACAUCGGCCUUCUGCCAGUAUGGGGGCCUGCAACUAUCACGACCAAAGGGCUAGAGUGGGAUGUUCAAGAGUGGUAUACACACAUGGGUGGCCAGGUCAGCGCAAGCAAUCACGUCAAGGACGAUGAAGUGCACGUGGAGACGAAUGCGCCGAUCCUCUUCACGAUAGAACAAGCGCUUCCGUAG